CAGAGAACAAAUAUUAAAAUUGUACACAAAGAAAAGAAGAGACUGAGGGUUGUCCCUCUGGCCAUCAGACUGUACAACUCAUCAUGAGUGGUCAGAGGGGGUCUCAGUCACUCCUUGUAGUUUAAGUGCAGCUGCCUUCAAGUCAACACUCAGGGGAAAAACAUCCUUUGUAAAUGCUGCGUUGCCGACGUCAUUGGUGUGCGACAGGCCUCUGCGUAUAGUAAAGUGCAGUUCUGCAGUCGGAUGCUGGAGAUGGUGAGUCGCUGCUGAGGGCCGAGCUAUCGAAGUCUUUGAACAAUAACUUACUGACUUGAUUGCCGCUGUUAAAGUCUUUCAGCUCGUUUUCCCCCCUGAGCGACAGAGUGUGUUAGAAAACGUCUCCGACCGACGGCCAUUGUUAGCUUAAAAGAUAUCGAGCUAAUGUUGACGAGCGGGUUCAGGCCCAGCCAGGAGUUCACUACAUUGUUUUUGUCUGCGACGCCACUUAGGCAGCUGAAAGAGCAGAUGUAAUUAGUGACACUCGCUGCUCACACACUACAGCACCAAGACCCUCACAUUCAAACCCAUUUCUUUAGAAUUGUUGGCAGUUUUCCGCAGCACACCAGUCGUCAGCUUAGCGUAUAAACGUUAGCUAACUGGUUUACAGCUAGCUAACUGCAUUUAAAUAAUGACUUCCAGGAGGACAGGCUAUGCUGGUAGCAUGGAUUCCUCUCCGUCAAAUAGUGGCAGCGGUUCAGUCCACACUGGAAACCGUAAACAAAGUAUAAUAAACAUUCCCGACAGGACCGGUGCAGAGUCCUGUUCGAUCGCAAAGCAGACAAGGGAGGAUACGGAGCCUCGCAAGGAAGCAUGACCGUCACGUCUCUGAAAUCACGGCUCGCUCCGACCAUCCAGACUGCCAUGUCCGCUGCAGUGGACACGCUGCUCGGCGAAGUGGUGCUUGUUCUCAAUGAGACCCAGCAGGAGCUUUUGCACAAGGAGCAGGAGAAUGAAAGACUCAAAGUGCGUCUGGAGGUGUCAGAGAGGGAGCUGAAGACUCUGCAGGAGUGUCUGUGUAGCGCUCAGAAGCUCAUAGAUCAGCUGCAGAUCUCAUACACUGGACCUCAGAGUAUCAGCCAGUCAGUUUUUGCCCCUUCACUGUCCUCAAUGGCUUCGAUGACCUCAGGCUUGGAGCGAGACCACCAGAACGCCAGAAAUGUGAACGGAGCAGGUGUAGACUUAGGUCUUGGUGGUUCUGUGGAGGAUUCGCUUCACGGGUUUGAACCAAGAGACGACUACAAAAUGUGCCAGCUUUCAAUCCAGCCAGAUGGUUCUGUGACGAACCACGCUAUGGACUUUGCAUCCAACACGUCUCAUAUGUGCUCUGAUUCCAGCAGACCAGAUGACAGGCAGUCUCAAGGACCAGGUGGAGUGUCCAGAUUUGAGAUCAAAGAGGAGCAGGGACCAGCAUCAGGCUCCGGGCAGCAAAACAGGAAGGAUUCUGGGUUGCGUAAUGACAACAGAGGUGAUGAUGGAGACCUAGGCUUCAGUCAAGUUGGAGGGGAGGGAGGCUCCCAACGUUCCUUUACUCACCCACUGCGUCAUCAAAGACCCAAUGCUUUGCAGCAGAGUGGACUCGAUGGACAGAAAUCGCUGGCAAGGACUCCUGGAGCUGGGAGAGGAGACAGUGUUUCACCAGGCAGAGCAGAGGACUCGGCAGGACCUUCGGCCUCUGACACAGCAGUGGAGCCCUCUGGAGAUCGUCCUCACCACUGCUUGGAGUGCGGAAAGACCUUCCGUCUGAUCUCCAGCCUGAAGAAGCACAUCCGCAUCCACACUGGAGAGAAGCCGUACCCGUGCGGAGUCUGUGGCCGUCGCUUCCGCGAGUCCGGUGCGCUUAAAACUCACCUGCGUAUACACACAGGCGAGAAGCCGUACUCUUGCUCCGAGUGUGGAAACUGCUUCCGCCACUUGGACGGUUUGCGCAAACACCGGCGCACGCACACUGGAGAGAAACCCUACGUGUGUGCCAUCUGUGGGAAGCGACUGAGCCGCCUGCAGCACCUCAAACACCACCAGCUCAUCCACACCGGAGAGAGACCGUGCUGCUGCCCCUUCUGCAACCGCAGCUUCAAAGAGCCCGCGGCGCUGCGGAAGCACAUCCGUACGCACCGGGAGGAGGGCGGCCACAUGGGGAUCGGCGCCAGUGAUGACACGGACCCAGACGCCAUGGAUGACAUUAAUAACCUCCAUCCUGCAGCUCCGUCUCCUCAGAUGAGGUUCGGGGAGUGGGGGGCUGAGGAGGAUGACAGCUCAGUUGUGGACUGCGUGUAGAGGAUGAUUAAGGAAGUGUUGACUGCUGGUGUUUUUUUUUUACCACAAAACAUACUCGGGGUGAAAAACAUGGAACCAGGUGUUUGUGUAGUUUGUCAACAUGAUGGGUGAUUGUCCCAUGCUGUUAGAAUGAAGAACCAGGCUACAUAUAACACUAGCCAUGGAGCUUUAGUUUUUAUCUGGCAUUGUCAUCUUUUACACUCUUAGCUGUAAAAAGACUUUUUUUUUUUUUAAAUAUCCACUGUACAUUCUUCAGCAACGGGUAUUUCCUAGCUGAGAAGUUCAAGCAGCAGCAGUAGUGUAGAGUUUCUUCUUGGCAUGCUUAGGUGCUGGUUUGCCACCUUUCUGGUAAUAAUUUAGGAAACUAUUGGCGGAAGUAGUUAGAAAAUUUCUCGAACAUACCGUCAAACAUCAGCUGUGUCACAGCUUGUUUACACUUUGAUUUUAGUCAGGACAAAACUGUUAUGAUUUUGGUCGUGAAUUUUAAAAAGCUGACAGGGAACAGAAAUAGCGGCUCAUGCUUCAUGUAGGUGACAAAUUUUAUACAAUGUGUAAAUGGGUGUAUUUGACCAAAUCGAUGUUGAUAAGGUGAUCAUAUUUAGGUAUAAACUAGGGAUGAAUGAUAUAUAAUAUUUGGUGAUAUUUUUCAGCUAAUUUUGGCUGAUAGAUGCACAUAUUUUUUCCAACUAAUGUCAGAGAACAUCAGCACCCUCCUGUAGGGGAACCUAUUAUUAUGCUUAUUAUGAUAGCCUACUGGCAUGUGCAGACAUAGAAUUUAAAUGUUUUUCCCUUUGUUCACCAGACAAAGUAAGAACAUUACUUUAGCUUACACAUAAAACUUGCCAUGCGUUUAUUAUGUAACCUUUUAAAACAAACUGUACAUUUUUAGCUGGACAGAUGUGAUCUGUCGGUGAGUGUUCACCGUGGGCCUGAGCUGAUAUUUCAUUUUAGAGCCUUUAUUGGCUGGUAUCAUCAUGCAUCCCUAAUGUAUGCCGUUGGUGCUCUGACUGACACAAAAAUUUCCAACCACAUCUGUGAAACUGAACAAGACUAUAUUGUAGGCAUUCUCCUUUUUCUCUCAUACAUUUUUAGACCUACCCUGGUGAAAAUAUAGUUUUUCAGCUCAUUUACACGCCUGUGCGGUGCAUGUAAUAAGAAAUCAAAGCCAUGUGUGAGAAUUUCAACCUUAACCCUGCAGUGUACAGAUAACAACCUUCAAAACACAGAUUCAAACUUCUGAUCUUUAGAAGUUUAAUCAGUGAGCAGAGAGGGGCUUUAGAAAAAUGCAUCACUUUCUCUUUACUUUCAUGCAUCUUUUAAGAUGAGGAAACUAAAAUGUGUGAGCUCUGGUGAUUUCAGAGAUGACUUCUGUCUCCUAUCAUGGCAUCAAUAUUUUAAUCUUCCACAUCUGCUCACUAUGCUUCACUAUGUAUUCAUGCAGACUGAGCAUUACAGCGGUCAGUUCGUCUUGGUCUCAUCCUGAGCCAGUAUGGAGGUGAUGCAGCGCUGAUAAUUAACCGGUUUCUCUCAGUGAUCGGGUCCUCUGUGGGUGUGUGCAUCACCUUUGAAGCAUUUGAAGGAUAUUUUAAAAUCUAAUGUGUUAUAGUUUUAGUUACAUUUACACUGUAGUUUUUUUUUUUUAAAUCUCCAUGAAGCAUGAGCCCGUCCCUUUCUGCUCUGCAUUAUCUCCUCUUUCCACUCUGCGGAGCCCUCAUCAGUCUGUGUGACUGAUGACCGUAACGUUAUCGAGCUGCAGCUAUCUGAGUCGAGGAUAUCCUGGUGUUAAGAUAUCAGUACGUGCAUUUCUUUGUUUAACCAAAACAUGGAGGCUUAUUUGAAAACACAGUCAGCUGCCAUCAUCAGCAUGUGCCCAGAUCAAGAGCUUAAACAAUUGUUUUGUUGUUUCUCCAAGUCUGAUUAACAUCUCUCUUGGACCAUAUCUUGGCAUUCCGUUUUUUUUCCCCAAGCUGCUACUGUAUGUCUAGAAAGCCUUUCCCUUUCUGGACUUGUAUUAUUGUUACCAGCCAGUUACUAGCAUACAGACUCUGGUGCUUGCAUGUGCAUAUCUGUCCCUCCUCUGGCAGCAGUGCCGGGGGAUGUUUCUGUAUAUAAGAAUGUAGUUUUAGUUAUUUGGCUCAAUAAGGGUUGACAUUUGUGGAAAAGUUCCUGUGCAACAAUGACUUUUUAAAAGAAAAACGUGCUUGGAAAACAUCAGUAUGCUAACGUACAGUGUAAAUAUACGUAACGUAAUUACAACUCUUGCUGAUGCUCUGACGUGCGACGCCGCUGAUGCAUCAGGUUUAACAGCCGAGCAUUACUCCUGAGCUUAGCUGUCUGUGUCAUUUGACAUGUAAUACUACUAUAAUGGUCUCCAUGUAACUAUGCUCUGUACAUUUAUAAGUGUGAGUCAUUUUAAAAGACACAAAAGGUGGUAGAUAUCUGUCGCUGUGCAUAUCCACGAUAAUUCAUUUCGUCAGGUUAGUCUUUGCCCCGGAUAAUCAUAUUUAUUGUUUUUUGUACUUCAAACAUGGGGGGCCUUUGCAUGUGGGUUUAAACAGAAACGGCAUUAGUCCUUAAGACGUCAGUGUUUAAUGUGGGAUGAAUUACUUUUUAUGCUUCCGUGUUCAAAAUAUAUGCGGCCGCGUCACACUCACCUGUUACCCACUGUAAAUGUUACUAUAUUAAAGGGCCACGUUUAUA